AUGCAAAUGAGUAGAGAACCACCAACAUCUUUGAAUUGCUUUAGUAAUAGUAAUAUUUACACAAGAUUCGCUUUGAAUAAUGGUUCAAUUUUGGAGACAUCAACCAUUCCAAACAAUCCAUUUAAGAUGGGAACACUUGGACGUGUAGGAGAUUAUUAUUUCAUACUUACAGGCAAUUCAAGCGCAUCUUUUGAAUAUUACAAUGUUGGUUUAUACAACCCAAAUGAAAAUAGUUUGGUAAUAAAGGAAACUCAUAAAACUGAGAUAGUAGAUUAUGGUUUUUUUCUUGGAACCAAUGUGGCAUGGGAUCAAACCAGAAAUUCCAUUUAUUUUGUUGGACUUAAUCCGAAUUUUGGCAAUGUUUCUAUUUUUGCAGUUGAUUUCAAUAAUUAUAAUUCCCAACCAAAAUUAUAUCAAUUUUUAGAAGCUUUUCAAUAUUCAACUUAUGAAAUCUAUUAUGAUGCAAUGGCUGAUGUUAUUUAUACAGCUUACCUACCAAGUAAUAAGAAUAUUGCAGUGAUUCAAGUAUUCGAUUUAUCAAACAAUACUUUCUUAGAGAAUAAGUAUCAAUUCAAUUUGAAUAUUGAUCUUGAUGAACCAGAGCUAUGUUUCUUUGCUUAUGAAUCGAUGUUGUAUCUAGGAAUUGUGAACCAGGGAGAAAACAAUCCAACGGGAACAUCACCAAUAUACCUCACACAACUCAAUCUUCAGACAAACACAAUUAGAGAUGUCAUCAACAUUCCAAAUGCCGAGAUUGCAUCUGCCUGCUAUACAUUUGUAUUCGAUUCUAAUGGAUAUGCGAUAAUUCUUCAACAAGACGCAGCUCAAGAUUGGGGAUAUACUCUUUAUCUUAAAGUAAUUGAUCUUGUAUCAUUUGAAAUAUUGACUAAUGUUACUUAUCCUAACCCAAUGACAUAUGCAACCUAUAUCUUUCAAUCUCAAUAA